AUGUUAACCUAUGAGACUGUUCACACAGCACGCGCGCGGAAGCGCCGCGCGCGGAACGGCUCGCGCUCUGGAGCGCGGCUGCUCCGCUUCUCUCUAUUUUUGGCGCGAGCCGCGCGCGCCGAUGUAAAGCUCAACAGAGCAGAUCGGACCAGACAGGAAGUCAGGAAGGAGAUGCGAGAGAAUCCG